AUGUCGUCUGCUUCGCUUGCUUUCAAUCUCGGCCUGGCGGCUGUCGUUGCGGGUCAAUAUUUCCCGCCGACCCCCGAGGGCGUGAAGGUUGUCGAGUCGAAGCAUCAGGAGGGGGUGAAGAUCUCGUACAAAGAGCCUGGUAUCUGUGAGACGACCCCCGGUGUCAAGUCCUACUCUGGUUACGUUCAUCUGCCCCCAGGCACGUUAGAGGAUCUGUCGCUAGAUCAGGAUUACCCCAUAAACACCUUUUUCUGGUUCUUCGAAUCGCGAAAUGAUCCCAUCAACGCGCCCUUGUCCAUCUGGAUGAAUGGAGGCCCUGGAAGUUCAUCGAUGAUCGGCUUGAUGCAGGAGAACGGUCCCUGUAUCGUCAACGCCGAUUCGAACUCCACGGAGCUGAACCCCUGGUCCUGGAACAACUACGUAAACAUGCUGUACAUCGACCAGCCGAACCAGGUCGGCUUCAGUUACGACACGGCCACCAAUGGCACGCUCGAUCGGCUGACAGGCAAGAUGGACGUCUCCCCGUUCCCGGACGGCGAGGUUCCCGAGCAGAACAACACCUUCUACGUGGGCACGUUCCCCAGUCUAAACCAGUCUGCCAGUGCCAACACUACGCAGAACGCUGCCCGAGCGCUGUGGCACUUUGCGCAGACCUGGUUCUCGGAGUUUCCUCACUACAAGCCCCAUGACGACCGGGUGAGCAUUUGGACUGAGUCGUACGGCGGUCGGUAUGGCCCGUCCUUCACGUCUUUCUUCCAGGAACAGAACCAGAAGAUUGCCGACGGAUCCAUAUCCACAGAUUUCGAUGCCCACUACAUUCACCUGGACACGCUGGGAAUCAUCAACGGCUGUAUCGACCUGCUGGUUCAGGCGCCCGGGUACCCCGAGAUGGCGUUUAACAAUACUUACGGCAUUGAGGCCAUCAACCAGACCAUCUUUGACAGGGCAAUGGACGCCUGGAGUAAGCCCGGCGGCUGCAAGGACCUGAUCACCAAAUGUCGUUCCCUUGCGGCCGAGGGCGACCCGAAGAUGUACGGGAACAAUAGAACGGUCAAUGCCGCCUGCAAGGACGCCAACGAUUACUGUUCCAACCAAGUGGAGGGACCGUAUCAGCUGUUCUCUGGACGGGGUUAUUAUGACAUUGCACACCUGAACCCGGAUCCGUUCCCACCCUCGUCCUUUUUGGGGUAUCUGAGCCAGCACUGGGUGCAGGGGGCACUCGGCGUUCCUGUCAACUUCACCGAAUCCAUCGAUAGUGUCUACAACGGGUUUGAUGCCACCGGCGAUUACCCCCGGUCGGACGUGCGCGGGUAUCUGGAGGACAUCGCCUACGUCCUGGAAUCCGGCAUCAAGGUGGCUCUGGUGUACGGGGAUCGCGACUACGCGUGCCCGUGGAACGGGGGCGAGGUGGUCAGUCUGCAGGUGAACUAUACCGAUGCCGAUCUGUUCCGGUCGGCCGGCUACGCGCCGCUCCAGACCAACGCGACGUACGUUGGCGGUCGCGUCCGCCAGCACGGAAACUUUUCGUUCACCCGCGUCUUUCAGGCCGGCCACGAGGUGCCCGCGUAUCAACCGCAGACGGCGUACGAGAUCUUCCACCGGGCCUUGUUCAACCGGGACAUUGCGACUGGUAAGGUCUCAACGGCGGCGAACCAUGAAUACUCCAGCGAGGGGCCCUCAUCUACGUGGAAUAUCACCAAUGAGGUGCCUGCUAACCCGGCACCGACAUGCUACAUCUUGUCGCUGAGCACGUGCACCGACGAGCAGAUUGAGCGGGUGAGGAAUGGAACGGCACUGAUUGAGGAUUAUAUCGUAGUGGGUUGA